AUGGCCGAGCCCCAAAAAGCUCAUGGCGCGGGCCUGGCCCAAAUCCCGACUGUCGGGCCCGAAGAGCCAUCCGAUACCACCAUGGUUUCAGGUUCGAGUAGCGAUACUGAAGCCUCAUCUGAGGGCCAGUGGGGAGAGCAGGGAACAGAGCCCGUUUCUCGCCGCGGUGCCAUGGAGGACUUCGAGGAGAUGCGAAGGGAAUUGACCAGACUGAGUCUGCAGCGCACGAAGUCAACAACCAAGGACGGCCCCAGUCGACUGCGAUCUCGCGCAAGCCAGCAUCAGGACCCAGAAAAGGCUCUCGAAGAGGAAGCGGACGAAGAGGAGGAUGGCGAGUUUGAUUUGACGGACUUUCUGAUGGGCGGCCAUCUUGAGCGGCGGACCACCGCAGGAGACCCUGCCAAGAAGGUGGGUGUUGUAUUCAAGAAUCUGACCGUCAAGGGUGUUCAGACUGGUGCUUCUUUUGUUCGAACCCUUCCGGAUGCUGUUAUUGGAACUUUUGGACCCGACUUGUAUAACAUCAUCUGCCGGUUCGUCCCCCAGGUGCGCUUCGGAAAGAAACCGCCCGUGCGCGACCUAGUCCAUGAUUUCACCGGUGCUGUUCGCGAGGGUGAGAUGAUGCUGGUUCUGGGCCGCCCUGGAGCUGGUUGUUCGACCUUCCUCAAGGCUAUUGCUAACGAUCGUGACGCUUUCGCUGCUGUUGAAGGUGAUAUCAGCUACGGUGGAUUGAGUGCCGAAGAACAGGACAAGCGCUACCGCGGUGAAGUCAACUACAACCAGGAAGACGACCAGCAUUUUCCGAAUCUUACUGUUUGGCAGACGCUCAAGUUCUCUCUAAUCAACAAGACUAAGAAGAAUGAGAAGGGAAGCAUCCCGGUUAUCAUCGAUGCCCUGCUGAAAAUGUUCGGCAUCACCCACACGAAGAACACUCUUGUGGGCAACGAGUUCGUUCGUGGUGUCUCUGGUGGCGAGAGAAAGCGUGUCAGUAUCGCAGAGACCCUUGCCACCAAGUCUUCCGUCGUCUGCUGGGAUAACUCGACUCGAGGUCUUGAUGCCAGCACUGCCCUGGACUACGCCAAGUCUCUUCGUAUUAUGACCGACAUUAGCAAGCGCACGACUCUAGUGACUCUUUACCAGGCUGGUGAAAGUAUCUACGAGCUCAUGGAUAAGGUGCUUGUUAUUGACUCCGGACGCAUGCUUUUCCAAGGUCCUGCACACUACGCCAGACAGUACUUUGUCAACCUUGGUUUCUACUGCCCGGAACAGUCGACCACUGCUGACUUCCUGACUUCGCUAUGCGAUCCCAACGCUCGCCAGUUCCAGGAGGGCCGUGAAGCAUCGACCCCAAAGACUCCCGAGGAACUCGAGGCUGUAUUCCGACAGAGCGAAUUCUACAAGCGCAUUGGAACGGAGGUCCAGGCGUACGAAACCAAUCUCCAGGAAACCAACUGCGAGGAUACCCAGCGCUUCCAGAAGACUGUUCAGUCAUCCAAGAGUAAGACCGUUUCCAAGAAGUCCCCCUACACCGUCUCGAUUGCUCGGCAGGUGGCUGCCUGCGUGCGCCGCGAGUUCUGGCUUCUGUGGGGUGAUAAGACCUCUCUCUGCACCAAGUACUUUAUUAUCAUUUCGAACGGCUUCAUUGUCGCUUCUCUGUUCUACGGUGAGAAGAUGAACACUUAUGGUGCUUUCCCUCGUGGCGGUGCCAUUUUCUUCUCGAUUUUGUUCCUCGGCUGGCUUCAAUUAACUGAACUGAUGCCCGCGGUUUCUGGACGAGCUAUUGUUGCGCGACACAAAGACUACGCUUUCUACCGGCCUUCUGCUGUUGCAAUUGCUCGUGUGGUUGUCGACUUUCCGGCUAUUUUCUGCAUGGCUGUACCGUUCUCCAUUAUUGUCUAUUUCCUUGCUGGUCUUGAUGCUACUGCCUCCAAGUUCUGGAUCUACUUCUUGUUUGUGUAUACCACCACAUUCUGCAUCACUGCCAUGUAUCGUAUGUUCGCAGCACUGUCACCGACCAUCGAUGAUGCCGUACGGUUUUCUGGUAUCGCGUUGAACGUGCUGGUUUUGUUCGUUGGCUAUGUGAUUCCGAAGCAAGGUCUUAUCGAUGGCUCGAUAUGGUUCGGAUGGCUGUUCUACGUCAACCCACUCUCCUACAGUUACGAGUCCGUCUUGAGCAAUGAAUUUUCCGAUCGUACCAUGGAGUGUGAUCCUUCCAUGUUGGUUCCGCAAGGGCCUGGGGUUGAUCCGCAAUACCAAGGCUGCUCUCUGACUGGAUCCAAACUCGGUUCUACGGAGGUCGCGGGAGCGGACUAUCUCAGCACAACAUUCCAGUUCACGCGCCACCACCUAUGGCGCAAUUUUGGUGUGAUCAUUGCUUUCACCGUGCUGUAUAUUCUGAUUACCAUCAUCGCUACGGAGACCCUGUCUUUUGUCGGCGGUGGCGGUGGCGCCCUGGUCUUCAAGCGGUCGAAGAAGGCCAAGCAGAUCAAGGCUGCCGCGCAGAAGUCCAACGACGAGGAGAAUGGCAAGAGCGACGGGACAGUAGCGCAGUCUGGCCCUGGCAAUGAAGCCGCCUUCAACCGGAUCUCUUCUAGUGAGCGUGUUUUCACCUGGAGUAAUGUUGAAUAUACGGUGCCUUACGGAAAUGGAACUCGGAAACUGCUUAACGGUGUUAGUGGCUACGCAAAGCCAGGGGUUAUGAUUGCGCUCAUGGGUGCCUCUGGAGCUGGAAAAACGACCCUGCUGAACACCCUGGCUCAGCGCCAGACGAUGGGUGUGAUUGGUGGAGAUAUGCUUGUUGAUGGUCGCCCUUUAUCAACUGACUUCCAACGUGGUACUGGGUUCUGUGAACAGAUGGACCUGCACGACAACACUGCCACUAUCCGUGAGGCUCUUGAGUUUUCGGCUCUGCUCCGUCAGGACAGGAACAUUCCCCGGGAGGAGAAACUUACGUACGUCAGCCAGAUUAUUGACCUUUUGGAACUGGAGGAGAUCCAGGAUGCUAUGAUUGGAUCCCUCAAUGUCGAGCAGAAGAAGCGUGUUACUAUCGGCGUGGAAUUGGCUGCUAAGCCUAGCCUUUUGCUUUUCCUCGAUGAGCCGACUAGUGGUCUGGAUAGCCAGGCGGCGUUUUCGAUUGUGCGUUUCUUGAAGAAGCUUUCUCAAGCUGGCCAGGCCAUUGUUUGCACUAUUCAUCAGCCCUCUUCCAUGCUGAUCCAGCAGUUCGACAUGAUUCUGGCUUUGAACCCUGGUGGUAACACCUUCUACUUUGGACCUGUUGGCGCUGAUGGCAAGGACGUGAUCAAGUACUUUGCUGACCGCGGUGCUGUCUGCCCACCCGCAAAGAAUGUGGCCGAGUUUAUCCUGGAAACCGCAGCUAAACCGAUCAAACGCGAUGGCGUGACGGUUGAUUGGAACGAGGAAUGGCGCAACUCAGAGCAGGGCGGAAGAGUCAUGGAGGAGAUCGAACAGAUUCACAACGAGCGCCGCGACGCUACGGCCACCGAAGAGCAGGCUGUGCAGUACGAAUUCGCUGCUUCGACCUGGACUCAGACCUAUCUCCUGACCCAGCGUGUCUUUACCCAGCACUGGCGUGACCCAUCCUACUACUACGGCAAGCUCUUCACCAGUGUUAUUAUCGGUAUCUUCAACGGUUUCACCUUUUGGAUGCUUGAUAACUCGAUCGCGUCCAUGCAGAACCGCAUGUUCUCGCUCUUCUUGGUUAUUCUCCUCCCGCCCAUUUUCCUCAACUCCACCCUUCCUAAGUUCUACAUGAACCGUGCCCUCUGGGAAGCCCGUGAAUACCCAUCCCGAAUCUACGGCUGGUUCGCCUUUUGCACGGCCAAUGUCGUCGCCGAGAUUCCCAUGGCCAUCGUCUCAGCAACCGUCUACUUCCUCCUUUGGUACUUCGCCGUCGGCUUCCCUGUCGCGGCCCCUGCAUCGGGUUACGUCUUCCUCAUGACAAUGCUCUUCUUCUUGUUCAUGGCUUCCUGGGGUCAAUGGAUCUGCGCGUUCGCGCCCUCCUUCACCGUCAUCUCCAACGUGCUCCCCUUCUUCUUCGUCAUGACAGGUCUUUUCAACGGUGUCGUUCGCCCUUACGCCGACUACCCCGUCUUCUGGAAGUACUGGAUGUACUAUGUCAACCCGGUAACCUGGUGGAUUCGCGGCGCCAUCUCAGCCAUCUUCCCCAGCAUCACCAUCCAGUGCUCCUCAACCGAAGCCACCCACUUCAACCCUCCCCCAGGCUCCACCUGCUUUGACUAUGCAAACAACUUCGUCACCAGCAUCGCGGGUGUCGGGAAACUUAUUAACCCCGACGCCACCGAGGGCUGCCAGUACUGUCCCUAUGCCAAUGGCACAGAGUACAUGGGCCAGCUGAACGUUAAGGAUGGCGACAAGUGGCGCUCCUUCGGCAUCUUCUUGGCAUUUGUCAUUGUCAAUUGGGCGCUUGUUUACUUCUUCAUCUACACAGUGCGCGUGAGGCGAUGGUCAUUUGGCAUGGGCUACCUGUUUGGAGGAAUUGGUGCUGUUAUAUCGUCUGUGAAGAAGGUUUUCUCUAAGAAGAACUAA